ACAACAUCAUUUACGGCAGGUCGUAAAAUUUUGACGAUCCCGUCACCGAAUUGUUAAACAAUUGAACUAUAUAAUUUGGAAGCCGACCUCACCAUGGAUAUGGAUGUCACAACUUCUGGAUACACUAACAGGACGGACGGUAUGCUUUUCCCGACGGAAGAAAAGGAAUACAGAGUGUCAUUCCAAGAACAAAUGAAGAGAAGGAGGGAAGCAGAAACAAAGUGUAAAUUAUUGAUCCAGCAGUUCAGGCCAACUGCAGAUUUGACAUGCCCGCCAGUGUGGGAUCACGUGACUUGUUGGAAUGCGACAGAAUCCGGUGUCACUGUUACGCAGCCUUGUCCCCAUUACAUACAUAAGUUUCUUUUACACGGAUUUGCAAGAAAGACCUGCACAGAGAACGGUACGUGGUUCAUCCAUCCUAUCUACAACAGAUCCUGGACUGACUUUACUGGCUGUAUACCUCUAGAAAACAGGUGGCAGUCUAUAAAUCCCCAUCUGGAUCGUAUUCAAGUUAUGUCUAUCGUGGGUUAUGCAGUAUCGCUCGUGUCUCUACUCGUGGCAGUUGUCGUCCUUCUUCAACUUAGGUACAGAGCCAUAUUGAAUUGUAAAAGAACUCGAUCGAAGAUUACCACACUGCAUAUCAACAUGUUCCUAAGCUAUAUAUUACGAGCAGCUGCUUCACUACUCAAGGACUACUUUCUGGUGGAUGGAUUUGCCCUCCCCAAAGAUAUUCUACACAAUGGAGAACUGUUAGGGCUCAAGGACGAUGGACCGCACUGGGAAUGUAAACUCCUCGUGACCUUCUUCAUCUACACACUAGUGGCCAGUACUUUCUGGCUUACAAUGGAUGCCCAUGUUCUGAGAAAACUCAUCGAUAAAGAUCCCUGGUACCUUGAAAAGAAAAGAUAUACACGCCUGCACAUUGCCAUAGGAUGGGUUGGCCCUUUGGUGAUUGUUAUUGCAUGGGCUCUUUUUCGAACUUUUGCAGAAGAUUAUCUAUGUUGGAAUACUAAUCCACGACUGUGGACAGUGUGGAUUUACAGAGUGCCCAUUAUCUGCAUGAACCUGGCAAAUUUCCUGUAUUUUAGCAGGAUAGUGACGUUUAUGUACAAAAGAGUGAGAAGAAAUUGUCUGAAAAGGAAAACAAAUAAUAACAGAGGCACUGUAUUGAAGAUGACCAAGCACAUAUGCAUCUUAAUUCCGCUGUUUGGAGUACCGUAUAUCAUCUUUACCAUCAUGUCAUUUUUCUUUGAUGUGGCUUACCUGUAUGCUGAAAUGUUCUUCAGUUCAUUUCAGGGUUUCUUGUUGUCUGUCACGCUAUGUUUUACGGAUAAAAGAGUGGUCCAGGAAGUCCGACAAAUUAUCUCACGAUGUGUUAGCACUCAGCCAAAGAGAACCAUCGGUAGAAAGGCGUCCCAGUUCUCCACGACGGGUAAAACUCAGGGCUCAGAUGUGUACUAGUGAAUGCUAAUGUUAAAUGUGUACUAGUGACCACAAACAUCAGGUGUGUAUAAGUGCAAAAUCGUAUCAGAUUUCUACUGGUCAACACAACCAUCAGAUGGAUUCUUGAUCAGAUGUAUAUUCAUGAUAAUGAACACUUACGUCAGAUAAGGACAUUUGAAAACUAAUGUCGGUAUUGUGUACCAAUGAACACUUAAGACAGGCCAACGAACACAACACCUAACGAGUACUAGUUAACAAGUUCGUCAGAAUACUAACGGCAGGUACAAAUGAACACUAACACCAGACAAGUACUAGUGAACGCGUACGUCAUUUGUCUAUUAGUGAACAUGGGCGCCAGAGCUGUUGCAGGUUCGAAUGAACACUAAGGGAACGCGUUAUAUAUCUACUAAGGAAUACUAACGUCAUAUAUACAAGUGAAUGUUAUGGUCGGGUGUCUACUUAGUAAACAUAAAUAUCAGAUUGUACUGGUGAAUACUAACAUUAAUUAUACACAUGUAUACUAGAGAACAUGCAGGUCAAAUCUGGUGAAUUCUUCUAUCUGAGGUGUGCAAUGACUCAAGUGUCCGAUGUCUUCUAAUGAACACUAACGUCAAGACUACAUGUGAAUUCUUGUGUCUUCUGAAUCAUUUCUCUUAAUUUAUAUUUCUCUAAUGUCAAGUGUUUACUAUGGAGAACUCUCGUGUCUAGGUUGGGUUUUUAUUCAUAAAACGGCUAAAGAUAAUGAACAGUGAUGGAUCUCAUAAAAAACUUCAAACAAUUCAAAUCUAUGACAUAAAUACGCACACCUGGCAUUCUAGAGUUUCUAUAGCCUCGUUAAGCGGCGUCAUUGUCUUUAUUAGCAGAUCCAUCCUAUCAUUGGGUCGUAUUUUGCCUGCUUUGUUUCAUAUCAAUUGUAAAGCCUUUCUUUAGUAACAAAUUGAACUACGGAAUGCUCUGUCUACCUGGUGAAUAUAUAGAGCUCUCGGCGUUUAUGUCAGGUCAGCAGGGGAUGCUACCUACCCCAUGGCACCUGAUCCCACCUCUGUUGUUCUGGUGAUCCGUGUUUGCUCUGCUCCUAUUUUUUAUUGUUUAAUGGACUUUUGAGCUCGGAUAAAUUUCGUUAUCUGCACGUAUUUAACUACUCCUCCUGGACACCUAAUCGCACUCUCAGCCGUCCAUGUUUAUGCCCCUUCUAUUUUGUAUCGUUAACAGAUCUUUUAAGAUCGAUCUCUGUCUGUUAUCUUCACCUUUUUCCAUUUAAGGAAAUGAAAAUCUAUACAUUCAU